GACAAUUAGUGAGAGCAGGUCGUAAAAAAGAUUCCCCGAUCCACACACAACGAUUACCUAAUAGAGAUGCGCUAAUCCCUUUGUUGACAGACCCAAAAUCAAAUGGCAGCGCAUCCUUUUUACCUGUUCCUGUGUAUACUGUGUAUAAAAACAGGAUAAAAGGGCAGAGAGUCAACCAUUCGCACAGCAAACAUCGAGCGAGCAGCAGCAUCUUCAACCGAAAUGGAUAACUCUACGACGACCUCCAGCUACACCCACAAGAAGUUAACCGCCCACAAGCGCAAGCGGAAUAUGGACCCAGGCCUGGAAUCGAACACGGAUAACCUCAUCUACCAGGAGCAGCCAGUCACCAAGCGCCGGCAGACCAAGGCAUUCUUCCGUCCCUGGCUGGACAACGAGCAAAACACAGAGGCAUCCUCAUCCGCCGCCUGUCCACCAGAGUCCCCUGCUCCCGCUUUGGACUCCGCCUUCAGGCCUAAUUGUGCCUCGACGCCACGGCAGCGCAGCCCCCAGGAGCGUAGUCUCCGGACCAGUCUCCUCAGUCGACGAGCUGAGUCUCACGCGCACAAGUGGUUGCUCGAACGAAUGGCCGUGCUGCAGCAGCAGAACCUCUACUACCGCUAUCUGCUGCAGCAAGCCGUUUUCCAGCGAGGAGGCGCCGUCCCGAGCAGCCAACUGCCCCAGCAGCAACAACAGUUCCUCCAGCAGAUGGCCCUCUCCCAGCAAAUGCUCGUCUUUGGAGCACAGCACAGAAAUGUAUGAGGCGAGG